AUGAUCCGUAGUGUUGGCCUCUCGGGCGCUAGGGAUGCCAACUCCUCGACUUCUGCAGCAAGGGCUAUUGUCCUGCCCAUGGGCUCUCGUAGUGGGUCCAUCAAGAAUCCUCCGGCGGUGUACGACAAGAAGGGAUAUGCCCUAUUUCUACCAGGCCAUUCCCCAGCCCGUCUCCAGUCCCAAGGUGACAGCUUUUUCCCACUGGUUUCGGCAGUGAAGACCCAGGCGUUCAACUGUAUCAAUCCUGGAACCACACGCUUAUCCAUACUUCGAGCUUACUUCCCGACCUCGUGA